CCUGUGCAACGUGAUGACGUAGUUUGUUGUUGUUGGUGCCCUGCUCCGUUCCUGACAUGGCGGCUCGCUGGAGCAGUGAGAAUGUGGUGGUGGAGGUCAGGGACUCGCAGGCAACUGCGAUGUCUGUGAAUUGUCAUGGCCAGCUUGCGGUACUUUCUGGGCGCCGCUUCUUAUAUGUUAUAAAUUUAGAUGCUCCCUCAGAAGUACCAAGAAAGGUUGCAAGACAAAGCAAAUGGGACAUUGGUGUGGUGCAGUGGAACCCCCAUGAGACUUCUUCCCACUAUUUUGCAGCUUCGUGUAACCAGCGAGUGGACCUGUACAAAUGGCAUGAUGGAAAUGGGGAGAUCCACACUUCACUACAGGGUCAUACUCGUGUUAUAAGUGAUUUGGAGUGGUCGUUCUUUGAACCGGAGCUGCUUGGGACGAGCUCUGUUGACACAUACAUCUAUAUUUGGGAUAUAAAGGACACACGGAAGCCAUCAGUGUCUCUAUCUGCUGUAGCGGGAGCCUCUCAGGUGAAAUGGAACAAAAAGAACCCUUGCUGCUUAGCAACAAGCCAUGAUGGAGAUGUGAGAAUCUGGGACAAACGGAAACCUAAUACAGCAGUGGAAUAUAUUGCUGCUCACUUGUCAAAGAUCCAUGGACUGGACUGGCACCCGGAGAAUGAACACAUCUUUGCUACAUCAAGCCAGGACAACUCCGUCAGAUUCUGGGAUUACAGACAACCAAGGAAAUAUCUAAAUAUUCUGUCAUGUCAAGUUCCAGUGUGGAAGGCCCGGUACACACCGUUUAGCAAUGGCUUAGUGACGGUGAUGGUUCCCCAGUUACGUCGUGGUGAAAAUAGUCUCCUUCUGUGGAAUGUUUUAGACUUAAAUGUCCCAGUUCAUACUUUCGUUGGACAUGAUGACGUAGUGCUAGAAUUUCAUUGGCGAAAACAGAGGGAAGAACUGAAGGACUAUCAGUUGGUUACCUGGUCACGUGACCAGACAUUACGAAUGUGGCGGAUUGAUAUGCAACUACAGCGGCUUUGUGCAAAUGACAUGCUGGAUGGCGAUGAGUUAACUGAUGGUGUUUCCCUGCUCCCAGAGGCAGAUAAAGCUCUUCACUCACAGGACACUGAACCUCCCCCAACACUAAGUCAUGUAAACGAAGAGGAUGAAGUUUUAAGAGAGGAUUUUCAUAAUCACGUCACAAUCAGCUCCAAACCUGAUUAUCUUGGACUACCACAGACAUUGCAACAAGAAUUCUCGUUGGUUAAUCUACAAAUCCGCAAUGUGAUGGUUGAUGAGAUGGAUGCUGUAAAUCGCAACUGCACAGUCUCGGUGCAUUGUGGAAAUCUCCGGGUGAAGAUGGUUGUGAUGUUUCCAGUACAGUAUCCAAACAACGCUGCUCCCUCCUUCCAGUUCAUUAACCCCACUACCAUCAGCUCAAGCAUGAGAUCAAAACUUCUUAAGAUUCUGAAGGACACAUCCCUCCAGAAAGUGAAACGAAACCAGAGUUGCUUGGAACCUUGUUUGCGCCAGUUGGUGUCCAGCCUGGAGGCUGUUGUGAAUCAAGAUAACAGCGGCUCUGCUAACUCCCAGAAUCCAUUUGUCCUUGGAAAUUCUGUCACACCUCCACUGCCAACUUUUCCACGAGUCACUAACACCUAUGGUUCCUACCAGGAUGCCAACAUUCCCUUUCCUCGAACCUCUGGGGCUCGUUUCUGUGGAGCUGGUUAUCUUGUAUAUUUCAUGAGACCAAUGACUCUUCACAGGACAGUGUCUCCAACAGAACCCACACCCAGAUCAUUGUCGGCUCUCUCUGCCUAUCACAGUGGAGGAAUCACCCCGAUGAAGAUCCGUACGGAAUCUCAGAGUAAUUUGAGGCUGUACAGUGGGAGCCCAACUCGCAGUGAAAAGGAGCCAGUCUCCAUUAGCUCCUUCUAUUACAAGGAGCGAAUGUCUCCUCUCUCCGCCUGGCGACGCUGGUCCAUUCAAGCAGUUAAUGAGUUCCCGAAAUCACGUCGAUGGAAAGGAAAGCGAGAAGGAACUGACACAAACAAUCGACCAAUCAAAGCUGCAGGAAAAGUCAUUAUUCAAGACAUCUCCUGUCUUCUUCCUGUGCACAAGUCACUCGGUGAAUUGUAUAUACUGAAUGUGAACGACAUCCAGGAUACAUGUCAGAAGAAUGCUGCUGCAGCUUUAUCAGUUGGACGAAGAGACCUCGUACAAGUGUGGUCUCUGGCUGCUGUUGCUACAGACUCCUUCCUCAGCCCUCAUUCAGACCCUGAUGUCGAGACACCAUGGGCCCGCCAUCCAUUUGGGCGACAACUCCUGGAGUCACUCCUGACUCAUUACAGCACAAUACAUGAUGUUCAGACUCUUGCCAUGCUAUGCAGCGUGUUUGAGGCCCAGUCCAGGCCUCAGGACUAUGGCAGCAUUGGACAGCAGGUCCACCAACGCACAUCUCCUUUUCUGCACUCUUCAGGCUAUGCCUCUUCAGGAUCCUACUCAAGCACAUCUGAAACUACCGUCUGGUCUGCUGGAUGGAACAUAGCGGGCAGGGAACCAGAACAUCUUAAUUCUUGGUGUUACGAAUCACCAGAUGACUAUCGGUAUGGAAAUCACCUUUAUGCUGAUCCUAAAGAACGUGAGAAGGAGCAACAUGAAAAGAAUAAAAAGCUACUUGAUCCAGCCAAUGUGCAGCAAUAUGAUGACUUUAAGAAGUGUUAUGGGGAGAUCCUUUAUCGCUGGGGCCUGCGAGAGAAGCGAGCAGAGGUGUUGAAGUUUGUUUCCUGCCCUCCAGACCCUCACAAGGGGAUUGAAUUUGGUGUGUACUGCUGUCACUGCCGUAGUGAAGUACGAGGAACGCAGUGUGCUAUUUGCAAAGGAUUCACCUUCCAGUGUGCUAUCUGCCAUGUUGCUGUUCGCGGAUCUGCCAACUUCUGUCUUACCUGUGGGCAUGGUGGCCACACGAGUCACAUGAUGGAGUGGUUUAGGACUCAGGAAGUGUGUCCCACAGGCUGUGGCUGCCAUUGCCUGCUAGAGAGCACAUUUUAAAAGCAGACUGCUCCUGCUUGUGAUAAGAUGCCUUGAAUAGUGUUCCAGGAUAUUCUGUCUGUCUGCUCUUAACUGAAAUUGUGACUGCCUGUUGAUCAGAGAUGUGAAAACUUUAAUCAAAGAAUGAACCUUAAGACUGGAAUUAUAUUAUUUUGAGGCACCAAGAUAAAUCUUCAGACUUUCACAAUAUCUGGACUCUGCUUCAAGGAGUGGAGGGAGCAUGAUUUGCACAUAUUCUCUAAUACAGCAGCAAUGGAUUUUCAAGUUGAAAUGCAAGACUUAUUCUAAGAGCAUAUUUUAAAAUAGACUGACGUGGGAAUUUGUUUACUUGUUAACAGUUAUCACUGUCCAGCUGAUGAUGGCCAUCGCUGUCCAGCUGUUGAUGGUGAACCUACAUACUUGUCCUGUAUGAGCGAAUAUACUUCAGAGUUGAAGUGACGACAAUCCAUAAAGCCGUGAUUGGUAAGUCAGGCCUUUUUUAGUGGAAGUAUUAUGCUCCCUCAGUGGUUUGUGCAGGUAUUUUUCAUUUCACAGUUUGCUGCUAAUUUGUUUCCACACUGCAAGUGCAGUAUUUGCCUUGACUUGCUCAAAUUGAAGAGUCAGUAAUUUAAUUCUAAAAGGUACGGGUGCAUUCUUGAUUUACUGCCACCUUCACUCUUGGAAGUGGAAUUAAAUGUCACCUUAGCCUAACUGCUCUAUAUACUUGAUCAAAGUACCAGACUCAAAAUGUAUGUGACCGUUCUAGAAUGCUAGUACAAUAGUAGGUUGUCUCUGAAACCUGCAGCUGAGGCUCAUUACUGGAUAAAUACAUAAAGGUUAAUUGUGUUUCUGACUGUAGUACUUAACCUGGGACUGCUUGGCAAUGAUGCUUUGCUUGAAAUGGAAAAUACUCUAUUUCUUAUUCCUAAAGUCCUACAUCUUGAGCACAAAAUAACAAAGUUGAUUGGGCAGUUCUUUAAUGGAUUGACCACAUCAAAUGCUAUGCCAUCUUUCAUCAUCUUUAAAUUAUUUAAAUGGUUCCUUCAGCUAAAUUGGCCGGUUCUGUCGGAGACUAAGGAAUUGCCCAGCAACUGAUUGGAUGAUGGGAUUGAAAAGUGUGAGCAUGAGUACUAAUCAUAGUAUUGACACAUAAUUUGCCCUUUGCUACCCUGGGACAGGGCUUUCUUGAUUUUGGAGGACAUGAAGUACUCUGUAAAUUCUACUGCUUUAAACAGUGGCUUAAAAUGUGUUAGCCACUGUUAAGGAUACAGGACUCUAAUUCAAGCAUUUCAUCUGCAUUAACAGCCAUUUCUUGAGGCUCUUUCUGGGAGAAACCAUUUUAUGUUUAUUUUCAAAUCCAUUUAGUGAAAGUCACUGCACAUUUCAUCUGAAAAAUUUGAUCCUCUCAGAAGCAUUUGAGCCUAUUUUCAGGAAGAUGGAGCGGCAGGUUUCCAGUUAUUUUUUACUUUGCUGCAGCUAAACUCCAAUGAUUGAUAUUGGCUGUAAAUGACUGGCAAAUUCUUUAAUAUCUUUAUUUGAGGAACUACCUCACUGGCUGGCUGCACAGUGGCCAAUUUUAAAAGAUAAUAAACUCAUGGAUCAUACAAUCCCACAACGCCUUGAAACAUCACCUCAAACUGGAACUAUUAUUUGUGCCACUUUAAUAUUUCAGCCAUUUGCACACAUUGAUUUUUUUUUGUUUUAUAUAGAUCAGUUUUCCUAACACUUCCCACGUUCCUACUAGUUCGGUACUUUAUAGUUAGGUCACGUAAGGUCCAAUAUGAUUUAUAUUGUAUGAUUAAUACCUGAUUUUGUAUCUAUUGAAAUUAGCAGAUUGCUGUAAUGCUUGAUGUAAUCACUUUGUUUCUACAGUAUGGGAAAUUAAAUGGAGAAAUAGAUAAGCACCGAAAUUGUGUGUUUCCAGAGGUGGCACAUGUGGAGGCAGGAAGGCAACUUGAUGAGAUGAGAUGGUGUUGUAUCUGAAACCUGCUGCUUUCUCAUUUCCAUUGGGAUGGGAAGGUCUAUCAUCAUCUUAAAGCCCUUAAAUGCCUGAUUGAGGGACUGGAUGUAAAACAGAGAAUUUUCCAAACAGAUCCAACCCUUUCCCAUGUUACUGAAGCUCUUGACCACUCUCACUGUGACCCUCAAUUCCGUAACAACCCCUACAAGUCACUUCUAUUCUAGAUCCUGAAUGUCCAACCAUCAACAGUUACACCACCCUCUGUGGUGGAUGGUGUGGUGCUGCCAAAUGUGACAGCUGCCUGCCUCUAACUGGUAAGCAUCUCUCAUCAGGUGGGACUUUGAAGCCGCGCUUUGAUGCCAAGGGUAGCUUUGCCAAUGGUCUCACUGUUGCUCCAUUGACGUUAGGUAGCAGAGCAGAUCUCAAGCUGGCUAAUGGGAACCUUGCACCUCAACAAGGUUUGAUCUAGGUCUCUGAAAAUCUGCACCAUCUCUGAAAUUCCCACACAUGCCUUUGAUCUUCCAUUGUCCAUGACAACUCUACUCUCCCACAGUAAACUUUGUGGCACUGAUGCUCUUACUGACCCUGCCUUCUCAACUGUGAAAUCUGAGCAUUUAAUGUCCCUGAAAUGCUCCUCCCAGUGUGGUUGAGCAGUGAUCUCUGAAUCUCCCAGUGCUCCAUGCCUCUUGCAUUGUUGCCUCCGAGUCUCAUUUAUUUUACCCAAGCCUCCACAUCUGGUUUCCUUAGAGCCUGUUUUUCUCCUGGUACCUGCUGAUCUGCAAAUUAUAUGAAACUUUAAUUCUUUUGUGUACAUUAUUUAUGGAAGAAAGAGCUAAACUUUACCUGACUGUAAAUACUUAUAAGUCUGGUAAAAUUCAUGGCAUAGAGAGAAAAGAUCAGUCGAGGAAGUAAUACUUGCAUAUUUGAGAUGUUACUUUCCCAUAGUUCAUGAGUUGCCAAUUUGUUAAAUUUGAAACUAAAAGCUGAAUUGAAUUUGUGCUAAAUCUAUUCAUUAAUUAAGGAAGAAUCCACUGUAUAGGAAGAGAAAAUAGCAAUAAGGCCAUUUCAUUAAUGUCAGGAAUAACAGUAUACUUUUCCAGGAAAUCUGAAACUGAAGGAAAUAUUAGUUUGUAAGGUCUUAGGGAAAAUUUGUAGCUCAGGAUGUGGAUGCAGUUGUUUGUUAGCUCACUGAGCCCGUUCUGUGAUGUGUGGACAUUUGGUUACCCUUCAAGUGCAACCUCUAAUCAAAGUGUUGGUGUUCUGCUUCCUUCUGAAUUUAUAUGAUCCUCUGGUGGGAUGGCCUUGUCGCUUCUGGCUCUGUUGUUUUACCAGCAGUCUGUAUACAGGUUCUAUUUGUAUGUGUUUGUUAAUGGAGUCCUGUGUUCAGAACCAGGCUUCCAGAAAUUCUCUUGCAUGUCUGGUGUUCACUUGUCCCAGUAUGGUCACUUUGUCCCAGUCGAAUCGAUGGCCCUCAUUUUCUGUGUGCAUUGAGACAAGUGAAUAUUGGUCAUGUCUUUUUUACUGCCAGCAAGUGUUCACAUAUCCUGGUCAUCAGCUUCCCCCGCUGUUUGUCCAAUGUAAUGUUUAUUACUCGCGCUGCAUGGUAUUCACUAUAUCGCGUUGGUCUUUGUUGGUAUGGGGUCUUUAGUCUUUGAUAACAUUUGGCGUAGUGUUGCUGUAGGUUUGUGUGCACUCAUGAUCUUACGCAGUCUUAGGGAUCUUGUAAUCAUUCCUGAUACAUUUUUGAUGUGGGGUAGCGUUGCUUGUGUCUUCUGGUGUACCCUGUCCUCUGAAUGUUGUUUGUUUUGUAGGCACCUGUGGACGAAACUUCUUGGGUAUCUGUUGUCAGUGAAAACUUUGUACAGGUGUCCAUCUUCCAGUCUCCAGAGUUCUGGAGUGUUGCACUGUGAUGUCUUGAUGCAGCCCUGUUUGUGUAUAGUGGUGUGGUUGCUAUUUAAGUUAAGGGUUUGGUCCAUGUGUUUGGCCUUGCUGUAUACUCGGGUCCGCAAUUCACUGUUAGUCUCUCUCUAGUAUUAUGUCUAAGAAUGGGAGCUGUUUGUUCUUUCUUCCUUUCGUGAAAUUUAUGUUUGCGAAGAUGUGGUUGACAAAUUGGUGGGUUUCUUCUACUUUUGUGCACUUAAUUAUUACAAAUGUGUCGUCCACGUAUCUUAUCCACAUUUUUGGUUGGAAUAAAGGAAGGACUGCGUGUUCCAAUCUCUGCAUCACUGCUUUUGUAAUGAGACCUGGGAUGGGUGAUCCCAUCGGUGUGCUGUUGAUCUGUUUGUAUAUCUUUCCAUUGAAUGUGAAGUGUGUUGUGAGGCAUAAAUCCAGCAGUUUCAGUAAGCUGUGUUUGCUAAUGUUGGAGUUCAAGACUGGUGCUCUUGGUCCGUCCCGUAGUAUGGCUAGUGUCUCUCUGGCUAACAGUAUGUCAGUGGAUGUAAAUAGCGCUGUAACAUCGAAGAGAUCAUGAUUUUGUCCCCGUUAAUUUUUGUGCCCUUGAGUUGUGUGAGAAACUCCUGGGCCGAAUGGAUUGAGUGUGGGGAUCCGCCAGUCGGGUGCUGGCGUCUCUGUUGUAAUUCCCUCACUAGCUUGUUUUUCUCAAAUGCACAAAAGUAGAAGAAACCCAGCAACCUGUCAACAACAUGUUUGCAAACAUAAAUUUCAGUA